UUCUCCCCCGUUCCUUCCUCCCCUCCUCCUCCUCCGCCCUUUCCCUCCCCCUUCUCCUUUCCCACCCUCUGCGGCCUGCACUUUGCAGACGCUCCCUGACGAGUUGGCUGUCUCUGCCCUGCCACUGCCGCACCGUCGCCUUUGCCGACGCUCCCCGGCACGCCUGGGCUGAGCCAGUCUCUUCCCUCCCCCACGAGGGCUGCCGGGGGCCUCCCAGGCGGCAUGGCAAAAUGGCUGCCAGCCCUGGGGCCUACCUGGCUCUGAACUGCUGGGCUAGGGGGUCCUUCCAGCCCUUCCUUCAUCUAGCCAUAAUUGGAUCUCGGGAGCCAUGGCCCCUGGCAGAGAACGCCAGGCCCCAAUGAUGCAGAUGAUUCGGGGGUUGCCCCUUGCCUCCUCCCUUCUGUUGCUGCUUCUCUGCUGUCUAUGGGUGCUGGGGGCAGGCCCCAACCUUGCCCUGGACCCAGACCUGCUGCUUGGACACUGGCAGGUGCACCGGCUGCUGACCUUCCCGCUGGGCCACACGGCCCUCCCGGCCCUGCUAUUGAGCCUGCUCCUCUUCCCCACCCUGGGCUGGUACCAGGAGAGCCACCUUGGCACCCUGCGCUACGUGCACGCCUCAGCCCUGGGCACCGUGGCCACGGGGCUCCUCUACCUGCUCCUGGCUGGCCUCGGGGUGCCCGGGGCCCGCAGCGCGGGCUGCGGCUUCUCACCCAUCCACCUGGCGUUGCUGGCAGCCCAGCAUCGGAGCCGGACGCGGCUGCCUGGCGGGGUGGUCCCGCCCCUGCUGCUGCUGGCCCUCAUGCACCUGGUGAGCUCCGAGCCCCCCUUCCUGCUGCAGCUCUGCGGCUUGCUCUCCGGCCUGGCCUACUCGGCCGGACUCUUCCGCAGGCUGGAGCUCUCGGAGCGCAGGCUGCAGACCCUGCAGAAAGCCAGAAUGUGCCGGGCGCUGGAGGGGAGCUGCCUGCUCUGUUUCAUCCCGGCCCCGGGCAGCCCCUUGGAGCUGCCCAUCGUCCGUGCAGAAGCUGGCCCGAGACACUCAGACCCCGGAGCUCUUGGGAAUUUGAUGCCCGGACUUUGGGCUUCAUCUCCGGCCCCGGCCCUCCUGGCUCCUGGCUUGGGGCCCUUCCCGUUUGAGGCGUCCGUCUUUGAAGGGGUUCCCCCCGCGGAGACCCUGCUGUGGAGCCACGGAGACAGCGUGGACGAUAACCUGCUUCAGGCCGCCAUCCGCGCUUCCCUUCAGGACGAGCCGGCCCCGGGGGCCCCGGAGGAGCUGAGAUUGCCCAAGUCCUCCGUGUCCUCUCUGAGGCCCUGCAGCCCCAGGACCUGGCUCUGUCCCUCCCAAGGCCCUGCAGCCCCAGGACCUGGCUCUGUCCCUCACCCACGAGGCCCUGCAGCCCCAGGACCUGGCUCUGUCCCUCACCCACGAGGCCCUGCAGCCCCAGGACCUGGCUCUGUCCCUCCCAAGGCCCUGCAGCCCCAGGACCUGGCUCUGUCCCUCACCCACGAGGCCCUGCAGCCCCAGGACCUGGCUCUGUCCCUCCCCUACAAGGCCCUGCAGCCCCAGGACCUGGCUCUGUCCCUCACCCACGAGGCCCUGCAGCCCCAGGACCUGGCUCUGUCCCUCACCCACGAGGCCCUGCAGCCCCAGGACCUGGCUCUGUCCCUCCCAAGGCUCUGCAGCCCCAGGACCUGGCUCUGUCCCUCACCCACAAGGCUCUGCAGCCCCAGGACCUGGCUCUGUCCCUCCCAAGGCUCUGCAGCCCCAGGACCUGGCUCUGUCCCUCCCAAGGCUCUGCAGCCCCAGGACCUGGCUCUGUCCCUCACCCACAAGGCUCUGCAGCCCCAGGACCUGGCUCUGUCCCUCCCAAGGCUCUGCAGCCCCAGGACCUGGCUCUGUCCCUCACCCACAAGGCCCUGCAGCCCCAGGACCUGGCUCUGUCCCUCCCAAGGCCCUGCAGCCCCAGGACCUGGCUCUGUCCCUCCCCUACGAGGCCCUGCAGCCCCAGGACCUGGCUCUGUCCCUCACCUACGAGGCCCUGCAGCCCCAGGACCUGGCUCUGUCCCUCACCUACGAGGCCCUGCAGCCCCAGGACCUGGCUCUGUCCCUCCCAAGGCUCUGCAGCCCCAGGACCUGGCUCUGUCCCUCACCCACGAGGCCCUGCAGCCCCAGGACCUGCCUCUGUCCCUCCCAAGGCUCUGCAGCCCCAGGACCUGGCUCUGUCCCUCCCCUACAAGGCCCUGCAGCCCCAGGACCUGGCUCUGUCCCUCACCCACGAGGCCCUGCAGCCCCAGGACCUGGCUCUGUCCCUCACCUACGAGGCCCUGCAGCCCCAGGACCUGGCUCUGUCCCUCACCCACGAGGCCCUGCAGCCCCAGGACCUGGCUCUGUCCCUCACCCACAAGGCCCUGCAGCCCCAGGACCUGGCUCUGUCCCUCACCCACGAGGCCCUGCAGCCCCAGGACCUGGCUCUGUCCCUCACCUACGAGGCCCUGCAGCCCCAGGACCUGGCUCUGUCCCUCACCCACGAGGCCCUGCAGCCCCAGGACCUGGCUCUGUCCCUCACCUACGAGGCCCUGCAGCCCCAGGACCUGGCUCUGUCCCUCACCCACAAGGCCCUGCAGCCCCAGGACCCGGCUCUCACACACACAAGAACCUAGAGUGGUGGCCUCUGGUUCCGUCACUUGCCCAGCUCCCGACUCCGGGAUCCAGCCCCAUUAUCUUCUCGGCCCUUCAGCCCAAGGGUCGCAGGCUGGGGUGAGGGGUCGGGCCAGCUUCCCAGGACUGCAGGGGCGGGAGAGCUCCGGCCUGUGACGGGGAGGUGCCCCAGGCCCCUGGAUGCCGCCCGGGCAGUGUCCCCUGGCUGCCGGCGAUCAGCUCCCUGACCACAGGCUGGGCCCUCGGGCCAGGGGGACCCGGGCAGCCCUCUCUCUCUCCGUGUGCCCUGCACUGGGCAGGCCGUUUGUCAGGCUGUCUGUCUCUACUCACCAUAGAGCCCAAUCAUUGUUUCCAAGAUUAAAACCCUUUCUGCUAAAAUC